ACACUUUUUUGUUUCGUGUGGUAUACUACGUGGAAAGAGAAGUUUGUGGUUGAAACUAGUUUUCUGGAAAAUGUUAAUAAUAAAAUGUUUGUAAGAAGUCAAAAUUACUCAAUAGAACAAGAAUUGUAAAUCCAAACGCUUUGAUUUAACAUUAGGGCAAGGUGUUGACCAUAGCUUUUUAGUGGAUUUUUUUUUUAAGUCUCAGAUAUUAAGUACAUGCCCCCAUCUAAUCCCCUCAAUUGAAUAUAAUAUUUAAGUUUAUUAAGUUCCCAUUUAAAUUACCUUUGAACUAAAAUAGACUUUGCUGUGGGUCAGUGCAAUCUCUAUGUGAUUAUGUAUUUGUUUAAACCAGGUAAGUGCCUAUAAAACACUGUACCCAAGUGGCAGAAAGUUUUGGGAGCGUUGUUAAUAUUUUUGGUCAGCAUAAAGAUUUUAACUUCUUAAGUUAAAAUAGAAAUUUUUGUUGAUUUGUUGGGAUUGUAAAACAGUAGAUCUGGCUUGGGGAUCUAGGAUUCUUAGAUAGAAGCUGUUGUCGCCACCACUUCCUUCUUUCCCAAUGCCAGAUUAUAGGUGACCAGUUUGUCUGCUGAGCUGAAUUCAACUGCAGUGCUCCUCGAGUCCUAUUGCUAUGGCCUUCUCCGGUCUUCUUUUCUUGCCUGCAUUGUUGAGGUCACCUUCUAACUGAUCUCUCAUGUUUAAUUUGGCCUCUCUCCCUACCCUCUUUUAAUUCAUGAAAUAAGGUUUACUUUAUAGCAAAUUCAGUCCUAUCAGAUCUGCUACUUAACAUCCUUUAAGCUUAGCUCCCCCCAGUUGUAAGGCAGGGAAUUCCAUGCACAUUCGCCUAGUGACAGAAUGACAGCCCCUGCCAGUCUCUUCUGUCUCCACUCGUGCAUUGAAGCCUGAAUCCUAGUCUUCCGUACCUACCGGAGACCAAAUGUGCCAGGCGUGUCUUAUAAUACUUAAUAUUUCCUCUGCCUUUCUGUCUUAACCUUCUAGCCAAGUACCUUAAAAACCUAGGCCCGGCCUUCAUCUCUUUCUUUGCCCUCCCCACCCCAUUCAUCCCAUACCUGGUUAACAAUGAUUUGUCCUUCCUUUGUGCCGGUAGAACUCCUUUCUUUAGUCUAGCACAUCCCACACUCAUUACUUGUUUAAUGUCUUUGCAGCUCCCACCCACAGUUCCGUGAGAAAAGCAACAGUGUUUUAAUUUCUGUUUCCCUCCUUCUUCCCAUAGUUCCCUGUAUACCUAGUAGAACCUCAAUACAUAUUGGUUGAAUGAAUGUUAAUUCACGCUUUGACUCCCGUCCAAAACCUGAUCCUUAUUGUCAAGCUAAAUAUACUUUCUGUCCAACUGGCUCACCUAUCCCAGUUAUGGAGGGUGAUGAUGACAUUGAAGUCUUUCGAUUACAAGCCCCAGUAUGGGAAUUUAAAUAUGGAGACCUCCUGGGACACUUGAAAAUUAUGCAUGAUGCCAUUGGAUUCAGGAGUACAUUAACUGGCAAGAACUACACAAUGGAAUGGUAUGAACUCUUCCAACUUGGCAACUGUACAUUUCCCCAUCUCCGACCUGAAAUGGAUGCCCCUUUCUGGUGUAAUCAAGGCGCUGCCUGCUUUUUUGAGGGAAUUGAUGAUGUUCACUGGAAGGAAAAUGGGACAUUAGUUAAAGUAGCGACUAUAUCAGGAAACAUGUUCAAUCAAAUGGCAAAGUGGGUGAAACAGGACAAUGAAACAGGAAUUUAUUACGAGACAUGGAAUGUAAAAGCCAGCCCAGAAAAAGGGGCAGAGACAUGGUUUGAUUCCUACGACUGUUCCCAGUUUGUGUUAAGGACCUUUAGCAAGUUGGCUGAAUUUGGAGCAGAGUUCAAGAACAUAGAAACGAACUAUACAAGAAUAUUUCUUUACAGUGGAGAACCUACUUAUCUGGGAAAUGAAACAUCUGUUUUUGGGCCAACAGGAAACAAGACUCUUGGUUUAGCCAUAAAAAGAUUUUAUUACCCCUUCAAACCACAUUUGUCAACUAAAGAAUUUCUGUUGAAUCUCUUGCAAAUUUUUGAUGCAGUGAUUGUGCACAGAGAGUUCUAUUUGUUUUAUAAUUUUGAAUAUUGGUUUUUACCUAUGAAAUUCCCUUUUAUCAAAAUAACAUAUGAAGAAAUCCCUUUACCUAACAAAAACAAAACACUCUCUGGUUUAUAAAACACCUUAAUUCUACUGCUCUUUUUUCGCCAAUCACCAGCAUCUGUUUUUCAGGGGCUGAUUUUACUUUUGUGAAUUUCUUAGCUUUUCUUCCUUGGUGCAGGAAGUUAAAAUGCACAUCAGCAGAACUGCUGCAUAUUAACAUCUCAGGACUUUUCUCUUGGAAAGAAACUGAAAUUCAUACUAUAUUGGCCAAAGUGAGCAAGUUAAGUGAUCUUGGUUUCAAUUUCCGAGCCUUUGUUAAUACAGAGAAUUAUGGUUCAUAUCAGUUAUGUAGGACCUUUGGACCCAAGGUCCCACAGAUAGAUAUGAUGUGCCGAGAUUUUAAAAAUACCUUCAAAAAUAAAAAAAAUACCUUCAGUGACAUUUUCAUGAUGGGAGCUCUUUUUUCUGGUAUGGCAGUUACACUUUUUCACUCAAGUGCUUUAGUUUAGACUGACUUUACAACUUUUAUAACUUCUGGAACCAAGUUUAGUAUAGUCUGAUUACAGUCCAUUGACAUAACUUUAGAGAUUCGUUUAGAAACCGUAACUGGAGUGGUUGUGCUUCUAGAUGUGGCAAAUCCAGUGUUAACACACAUUUCUGGCUGGCAUUUUGGAACUAGCUAGUAACUGGCUUGUGUUAUUUAAGCAACCUAACAUCACUAAAUCCUAGGAUUUAGGAUUGCUGUAAAGAUGGAAGUUGUAUAUGUUUGGCAGGUCACAGUGAAUGGCAGUGAUAAUAUCAAAGAACAAAUUGUCAUCCUUGAUCUUGCCUCAUGUAGUUUAUGUGCCAGACCUUCCCGGGUUUUGUAGUCACCUAGACUUUAAGCUGAUGGCAAAGUGCUUCCGCCGUUCUUCCAGCCGGGGUGUGCAGGUAUAUGGCUGCAGACAUGUUUGCGUAAACAGGCAGCGUCUGACUUCCUCACUGUUUCCUGUAGUUCUCCCUCUUCCCACAAAGCUGUCAGCGCAGUGGAAGAGGUUGCACAUCUCCGAGAGAGGACAGGUUUCGGUCCGAGUUCAGCUGUGCUUUCAUUAGAGCCAGACAAGCUUUCAAGGUCCUUUAAGUAUUUGAUGAUCAACUGAACACGUUUCUAUUCAAGGAUAAAACACCAGUCAGUAAGAAGAUGGAGUGGAUGUCCGAGAAAACAAUUCACAUUUAAUAUGUAAAUGUACCAAUUAUGUGAUUCAGUUUCAGCUGAUAUUCAAGUGCUUCCUGAGAGGUUAGUACAUUAUUACUGAGCUCUCAUAGAAAGCUUAAUCAUAGAUGUAAUUAGCCUGAUCCAAAUGAGUAAAUUGGACCUUAGAAAGGCUAAGUGAUCUUUCUCUGGCUACCCAGCUAGUAGUAAUGAAGUCAGGUCUUGAACCCAGGUUCUGCUGACUGAAUUGGAUGCACUAUAGUACAGGCUUUUUAGCACCAAAGUGUGGUCCUCAGACCAGUGCCUGCCAACCAGAUGUUACUAGUCUGUGAGGAAAUAAGUACAGAUACUGACAGGAAGCUUUUAUAAACUUUUAAAGCAAUUUGUUGGAGUGUUUUUGUUUCUGUUGGGUCUAAUUAAAAAAAUUGGAGCUUGUA